ACCUUCUUCAACUCCAUGAGCCCCCUCUCCUCGCAGUCCAUGUUCUCGGCGCCCAGCAGCAUCUCUUCCAUGAACAUGCCGUCCAGCAUGGGGCACUCGGCCGUGCCGGGCAUGGCCAACUCCGGCCUCAACAACAUCAACAACAUCAGCGGCUCUUCGCUCAACUCGGCCAUGUCCUCCCCGGCCUGUCCCUACGGGCCACCGGGCUCGCCUUACAGCGUCUACCGGGACACUUGCAACUCCCGCUUAGCCAGCCUCAGACUGAAAUCAAAGCAGCACUCCAGUUUCGGCUACAGCAGUUUGCAAAGCCCCGGCUCUAGUCUAAACGCCUGUCAGUACAACAGUUGACGGACUUGACACAAACCACCUCCGACAGAACACCGCCGA